CCCUGCAACUGAAUUCAAAAAAGCAAAAGCAUAGCUAUAUUGAACUAGAACACCAUAGCAUACAUAGAGUUACUAUAAAUACUAACUCUAUGAUAGCAUAGCCUUUACGACAUGUUUUACUAGUGUAAUAUCUAGAGGAUGCUACCUUAUGGAGCGUGGAUUUGGAGUGGUUUACUACACCACUUAUACAAGUUGCAAGAAAAAUACAGCGGCGAUUGUCGUAUGAGAAAAUAUGUACGAUCUGUGAUUGAGAUCAUAUUAGUUGGCAAAUUUUGAUGUUAAGGAGCGUUGCAUAGAUGAGAAUAUUACGUUAACACACCAAAGAUACUGUAAGAAACAGACACUUUCGGUUUCGGGGAUGCUCGUCUUUCGCUCAUCCCUUGCCCUUCCCUAUUUAUCCCCAGGAAGCAUACCAACCAAUGGGAGCGCUCGCUUUUGAGGCACUGAACACAGUACUGAAUGUAGACGGCAACCGAGCAGCUUCUGUGCGUCCUGCCAGUUAAUGCUUCUCGCUCAUAAAAGGCUGUAACUGAACGUAAUAUUUCGCUGUCCUGUUUACACAGGUUUCUUUGUUCCUACAUUUGUUACACCCUGGGCGUGAUAUGUUAUCCAUGUUAUUUCUCGAUCGGCGAAGAACGUUAUGAACGGAAGUCUACCGCAUGGUCAAAAGAUUUUGAAAGAGAUCGGUAGCUCGGCGAAUGCAACCAACGAAGAUAUCCAUUUGUACGCUGAGCACCUAGGAAUCGUUCUUCCCGAUGAGCAAAAUCUGCUUUGGAUUGCUCAGGCCGGUCUUGAGGUGUCGCUGCCGCCACCGUGGUGUCCCGUGGAAGAUUCUCAGGGAAGGAUUUACUAUUACAAUUCGGUUACGAAAGAGACCAAAUGGGAGCAUCCCUUGGAUUCUUACUACAAAGCUGUGGUCAAGAAGGAGAGACUCAAGGCAAGUGCACGAGCCACUACUGCAGAGUCAAAUGUAGAAGACAGCGGUGCUUCACUGAUGUCGUCUCUGGACGACAUUCCGCCCUUGUCCUCAUUUGCAAGAGCUUCAGAUGCCAAUCAAACUGUUGUUCCCUUCUCACGUCUCAAGAAAGGGAAAAAGGGGUUCCUGUCCAAGUCUUGUCCAACCAACCUUCACAUGCUAGCAGUGAAUUCAGGACCUUUAGUAAAGCAAACAGACACUGACUCAGAAUCUCACACUGCCACUCUUCGCAAUCAAGAUGAACAUGGUAUCGUGCGGGAUCUGCUCACCCAGAAGCAGGCGCUCGAGUUUGAGUUGGAGCGACUGAAGCGAGAAGUCCACAAGUACCAGCGAAUCAGAGACCAGCUGAAAGCAUCUGCCAAGCAAGAGUUAAUCCAACUUGGAAGCACUUCACUAGCUCAGAGAGCGCGAAACCACAAGCACACUAUUGCAGACGAGAAGCAAGGCCAGAAUUCCCAAGAUAAAGGACCUGCACUGCCAGGUGACACAUCUGGAACAAAGACCAAAGGUGAGGGCAGCAAGCCCACCAAGGGGGCAGCCACUGGAAGUCUAUCUGGUCGCUCCUCGUUGGGUCACAAGGAUCUUCUUCGGCUCAGUCAACGCCUCGCUCAGCUGCGUCAUCGACAUCUGCAGCUGUCCCUACGUGCUGCUCAACAAGUUGCUGAGGAUGCUCUUGCCAGUUAUGUCGUGCCCCAUACUUCUGGCUCCGAGAUCACCAGCAAGGACUUGGUAGUGUCAUCCAUAAAGCAGCUGGUACCGUCCUCAUCAUCCAGCCUAGUUCCUCAUCGGACAGCAAGAGCACUGACUGAUAUUCCUCACGCAGAAAUGGAAGCAGUUCAUGGCAGUCCUCCAGUGCAUUAUUGGAAGACGUACAUGUCCCAACAGCAAGAUCUACGGCCUCCUCAGCAGUGGUCUCGAGCUGAGUGGACAACAAAGUUGUCACAGCUACGCUGGAGCCUCAGGGAAUGUGAACUCCAACAGCUUCUUAUCAAGUAGUCACUCCUUCGCUGCCAAGAGGAAGGCACAUAGUUUCAUACAAUUAUAAAGUUACUAGUCAUCACAGGAAUCUCAGGUAAUGGCGUUAUUUGCAGCUGCUGAAUAUACAAAAACGAAAUACGUCUUGUGAAUAUGUUAAAUAGAUGGAGUACCCAAAAGUGACUUGAAUGUUUCCUGAAGUAUGUGUGGAUUUAAAAACUUUUUUGAAACUAUUCUUUUUCAACUUGUACAAAUGUGUUUUUACAUAGUUAAAUAUACUGUUGCAUAUGAAUUGUAUUCUGUUCUAGCAUAACUGUCAUUAACUGAUAGCGGCAUUCUGUUUCACAUUUACAAUAUCUAUAAGUAAUUUUCUUGUGCAACCACUCCCCUAUAAUGUGACCUUGAUGAUAUUUUAAAUGAGUAAAAUAAAUAACUUAUUAGACUUACUUAUAGGCAUUGCUAGUGCAAGGCGUUAUAUGCAUCCUGUUAGAAAGGGCUGUGUAGCUGCACAUUGAAUAGAACAUUUGUUGUAUAUUUUGCGAUGGUCGUUAAUUUCAUGUCAUAUAUUGUGAAGCAGAGAGCGCGCAUGAAAUUCUGUUUUGCUGCAUUUGUUUGACCAUUGUAUUUACACAAUAUUCACUUACUGAACAAUUGUAUGGAGGUUUACAUCUUGCCUAUAAAGCUAUAUGGUAAUAUGAAUUGACUGGUAGACUGGCUAAUCUUAGAUAUGUGUGCAUGCCAGAAGAUUCCUUUCUUUAACUACGUAGCCAUGGCAACUGCAUAGUAUGACACUCCUGAUCACUUAUCAACAACAAAUGUUAUCAUUGUUCAUUUUUAACUGGUUCGUUUGUUGCCCUCAUUGAAGUGGGGAAAAUGCUUGUGGACUGAAUCUUGCUAAAAGUGUCAACUUUAUCGUUAGAAAAUUGCCAUUUAUGUAAAUUGUGUAAAAAAGCUGUUUGUCAUGUACUGUGUCUGUUCCUUACUGAAAGCUGUCACAGUAUUGGUACAAGUUGCAUAUACUACAUAUGGAUGAAAUACAAUGCAACAAAUAAUCCAUUCAAAGCACUCCGCCACACCACUCGGCACACAAAAGCCAAAAACAAGCACACCAGCCACACCUAAUGGCCUGUUCGAUGACUACGAUGUACUUCUGAGAAUAAGUUGCAGUUACUUUUGGGUACCCCUCGCAUGUGCAAGGUACUUCACGGAAUAUCUACCUGAAAUUAAAUGCUCAUCUUUAUUGAGAAGGUAAAUCAUGGUAUUAGAAAGCAAAUAUCAUGAAGAAAGGUCCCUGCAGUCCGAUUCUCAUUGAGUGAGGCCUCAUUGAGCAUAAAGUGUUUUAUAUGUAUACCUCCAGUGUAACAUGUCCUACCCUUGGUGUUCACAGUCUGCAUUAAACCCACAAAGUCAUUUACACAUCAUAAAAAUGGUUUGUGAUUAGCCGGUAAAUACCUUGGCUGUCCUUUUGCUGGUUAUUGUGGUCAACUCUAUGUCAGCCAUUUGCACAUGUGUCCUAAUCCAAAUAUGAAUUCAUAAAGUUUGUUUGUGCAUCUGCACAAGUGUCUAGAAAACAGCAUCUACACCUGAUAAAUUGUAUACAGGUGCCUGCUUUGAAAAGAGCUAGAGCAGGUAAGAGAUGUUACAGGUGAAGUGCUGGGCUAUCAAAUGAAAAAUGGUAGGAGUAGCUCCUCUGUUGCUAAGCAACCAGAGACUAUGUGCAAUGACAGAUAGCAUUCAUACCAUGUAAUG